AUGACCAUCCAAUCCAUCGAGGGAGAAAUCAAUCUCCCAACUGAGAAGUGCAUUUUCCCGAUUCGGAACGAUGGAAACCUCUCCGACGACGGACAAGCAAUCUGGGGGCGGACCAAACUAUCUACCUGUACCCUCGAGGAAGUUGGAAUCCUCCCAUCCUCACCCUGCAAGUCCUCCUGUCUGAACCAGGGCCAGGAGCCAGACCAGAACAUCAUAGCGAGGCAGAAAGACCCCCUAUACUUUCUAGCUACCGUGUGGGCUCUGGUGUUGUGCGAAUAUGCCGAAGUCGACAUUGUCCAAAUUGGUGGGUACCAGGCCUGUGGCUCCUUCACAACUGAGGGUGCAGAGAAGCAAAAUAUGAAGCUUUUGGCAUCUGCACCAAGGCGGACAGAGUCUGUCUCUGAAUUGUUUUGCCUUGAAGGAUGGUCGGUGUCAAAUGUGAACCAAACCCAUUUUCCAUACUUCAAUACCGGAGUUGCAAUCUAUCAAGGUCGAGAUAGAGAGGCCGGAAUUGAUGCAGCUGAAAAUCGGAUUGCAGGGGAAUCAGGAAUAGCAGGAGAGGGCGAAGAGGAAAAGCAAUGUGACAUAAUGCUGGUCCUCGAUUUAGAUAAUUCCGAAUGGUCUCUCGAGUAUAAAUCUUCCAUCUUGUCCAGCGGGCAGGCGGGCCAUUUGGCAUCUUUUCUGGCUGAAACGGUAAUAACCGUGGCGACAAAGGCGACGACCAAGGGCACACUUUCUCAACUAUCCAUCAAGAGCUGCGCGCAGCAAAAGAAAGUCAAGGAAUGGAAUAGCCAGUUGUUGAUCCAACCAUCGGAUCCCACCAUCCACCAAAUCAUCCACAGUCUCUCCAAGACCCAGGGAGACCAUAUUGCUCUGUGGGCAGCAGAUGGUCAACUUACAUACGCCGAGCUGGAUAUCAUUUCAUCACGGUUGGCACGUCAUCUUCAAACACUAGGCGUGGAGCCUGGGAUGUUCAUCCCGGUGUGUUUCAACAAAACAUUAUGGGCGGUAGUGACUAUGCUCGCUAUCAACAAAGCUGGUGCUGCAUUUGUGACAUUGGAUGCAUCACAACCGCUAAGUCGCUUGAAAUUGAUUGUGAAGCAACUCAAUGGCCCACCCUUGGGACUCACGUCUCCCCAGAAUCAAAAUCUGAUGGGUGAGGUGAUCACACCAACAUUAGCGGUGGAUGCGCAAACCAUGCUGAGACUGGGCAGGAAGAAGGCUGAUGAGGUGGAAGACACAGACUACUGUGAUUGGCCAAUCGAUCCAACAGCACCCUCAUACUGCUUCUUUACAUCGGGUAGUACGGGAGAACCCAAAGGAUGUCUUGUAGAUCACGCUGCGUUGGCAAGUCUGCAAACUCACUACAAAGCCCUGCACCUGAACUCUGCGAGCCGGGUGCUGCAGUUUGCGUCUUUCAGUUUUGGAGUUUCUUUAAUCGAGAUCUGGUGCACACUCGCUGCAGGCGGGACAGUAUGUAUGCCCUCUGAUUCCGACCGAGUAAGUCGUCUAGCGGAUGCCAUUGAGAAAAUGGCGAUUAAUUGGGCGUUUGUGACUCCCACUGUUCUGGGAACAAUUGAUCCCGAUGCUGUUCCUGGCCUACGAUGCAUCAUGGUUGCUGGCGAGCCAUUGAAAAAGGCUCAAAUCUCGUUAUGGGCCAAACGCACCCGACUGUUUCAAGCUUAUGGCUUUACUGAGUGGGCCGGGGUCUGCUGUGUGUCGCCGCAGAUCAACUCCAUAGCAGAUAUUGGGAUUAUUGGAAAACCGGCCAACGCCCGUUGCUGGUUGAUUGAGCCUGGCAACCCACAUAGAAUUGCCCCAAUUGGCGCGGUGGCGGAACUGUUCGUCGAAGGACCCAGUCUCGCCCAAGGGUACUUACACAAUCCAGAGAAAACGGCGCUAGGUUUCCUGAAAGCACCUGUCUGGAGACAAAAGGAACUUCUAGUUGGAGCUGGAGAGUUGUCUUACGGAGGAGAUGUCCGUUGCUACAAAACCGGAGACCUAGCCUACUAUGACUCCAAUGGUAUGAUCCGAUAUGUCAGUCGGCAGGAUCGACAGGUGAAGGUUCGUGGGCAGCGGAUCGACCUGGGAGAGCCCGAGUUCCACGUAGCGCAAGCAUCACCUCUUUUCCGAAAGGUCGUCAUCGAUGCUAUUGUGCCUGCCGAUGGGAAUGGAGUUGCCAGCCUCGUCGCUUUCGUUGAGGCACCCCCAUCACCCCUACCUCUGAAAGCAUUCUUUACCAUGCCAAACAAGGAAUUCGUAGUCACAGCCCAGCAGGUGAUCGAGGCAUUGAAGGAAAAGCUGCCCGAUGUCAUGAUUCCGCGUCUAUUUGUGCAGAUCAAGUCAAUGCCGCUGACUGUCACGGGCAAGAUUGAUCGACGACGACUCCGCAAAGAGGCAGAGCAACUCCGAAGUGAAGAGUUGCUCGCAUGGACUGGCGUGGAGAUUGAUGCCUUGCAGCCACCGCAGACCGUUCAUGAACUCCUCAUCCACCACCUCAUCGUCGAGGUCCUAAAAAUCCCCCCUUCACAAGUCGGAAUGGAGCACAAUUUCUUUGCCCUGGGUGGAGACUCGGUAAAAGCGAUGAAAAUGGUAUCUCGGGCGAGAGCAGCUGGCGUCGAGCUCAUGGCAACACAUAUCUUUGCAGCGUCAAAUCUCCGCGACUUGGCACUUGUAGCGGCUGAGCUAGGUCAAGCACCUUCCAGUGAAAUAGACCCCAACGAGCCAUUCUCUUUGCUUGAUGCCCAUACCAAGGCAGAGCUGAUCUCGACUGCAGCCUCUGUGUGUGGAGUUGAAGAAGGUCAGAUUGAGAAUAUCUAUCCCUGCACGCCACUACAGGAAGGUAUGGUGGCUUUGUCUGUGUCCAAGCCUGGGGCAUAUAUUGCACGAUUUAUCCACAAGUUGCAGCCUCAUGUCAACAUUGCUUCCUUACGCCGUGCGUGGGAGUCGGUUGUCCAGGCCAGCUCAAUCUUGCGAACAAGAAUGGUGACCGAGGCGGAUGGCAGCAGGAUGUUUCAGGUUGUUCUGCGAGAGAGCUUCCAAUGGGAUGAUGAAGACCCAUAUAUGGAAAUCAACUGGGACACGUACAUGAAACCGCAACCAACUGACACCCUUUUGCUUGGGGCCCCUCUAGUACAUGCUGGAAUCCUAACUGGGUCGGAUACGUCCUCGUUCGAGAGCGACCCGAGAGCGACAUACUUUGUGAUAAUGAUGCAUCAUUCCAUUUGUGACCGUUGGGCCUCUGGCUUAAUGAUGGAUCUGUUGGAGACAGCUUAUGCUGGUGAUUGUCUCGUCAAGAAUUCCAUGGCCCCGUUCAUCCAAUAUCUCUCCAGCCAGCUUGUCAACCCAAAGAGCGAGGAGUACUGGAAAUCGCAGUUCCAGGGUCUUGCUGCGGAGGUGUUCCCUGCACUCCCAUCCCCCGGAUACAAUCCAGUCCCAUCGGCAAGCAUCCAACUCUCAGUUCCCUGCCUCCGCGAUGCUCCGGGUGGAUACACCAUGUCAAAUGUGAUCCGCUUGGCAUGGGCUGUGGUGAUUAGCCAAUAUACCAGCUCACCUGAUGUCGUCUAUGGCGUGACUGUUUCCGGCCGAGCGGCUCCCGUAGCUAACAUCGAGAAAAUGGUGGCUCCUAUUAUUGCCACAGUGCCACUGCGCGUGCGGUUCAAUCCCGAGGACACCAUUUUAGCGGCACUGGAAGCCAUUCAAAAGCAGUCAAAUGAGAUGGUUUCAUUUGAGCAAUUUGGUCUGCAACGGAUUCGCAAAGUCAGCCGGGACGCGGGAGAUGGGUGCGGCUUCCAAAGCCAGCUCAUUGUCCAGCCGUCUUGGGCUGAUGAAAGUCGUCCACUGCUAAACACCUUGGAAGCUGGGUCUUCGGUGGUUGGUGGAUUUGCUAGCUGGGCACUGUCAGUCAUAUGUAGUCUUACUGAAUCACGGCUGAUUGAUGUUACUAUGGAAUUCGAUCCUAAGGUAAUUUCGGUACUAGGGGUUGAGCGCAUUUCCAGGCACUUUGAACAGACGUUGCAGUUCCUCCUCAAACAACCAUUCCUUCCACUUGCGAAGGUACCAUGUAUCAGUUCAAUGGACCUACAACAAUUGCGCCAGUGGAGUGAGCCUCUAUCCUCGACCCGAGGCAGCCACGAAUGUGUACACACUAUCAUACAGCGACGCUGCGUUGAACAGCCCAUGGCCAACGCGGUGUGGGCGUGGGAUGGAAAACUCACAUAUGCAGAGCUAGAUCUGCUUUCUACCCGACUAGGGUCACUCCUUAUUGAUACGUGCAAGGUUGAAGCCGAGGUGAUUGUACCGAUCUGUAUGGAGAAGUCCCUUUGGACCACUGUGGCAAUCAUGGGUGUCAUCAAGGCAGGCGGCGCUUUUGUGCUUCUCGAUUCAUCCCAGCCCCAGGAACGCCUGGAAGCCAUCUGUCGUCGGGUCAAAUCUCGUUGCAUUCUGACAUCUCCAUCAAAACUUCAACUAGCUCUGACGUUGGAGCCUUUUGCUGUAGUUGUCGAUCAAGGUUCGUCAGAGUCUUGGCCAGCUGCUGCUACAAUCACACCAACUCUGGCCACCCUACCAACAUCCACGAUAUAUAUUGCCUUUACCUCUGGCUCCACUGGUACUCCAAAGGGAGUCAUAAUUGAUCACAUGGCAUUCUGCUCCAGUGCACUGGCUCUCAAUACCGCUACGCAAGUCUCUCAUCAAUCCCGUUUGUUGCAAUUCGCUGGUUAUUCUUUCGAUGGCAGCAUUAUGGAGACUUUGAGCAUCUUAAUGGCCGGUGGUUGCCUGUGUGUGCCCUCGAAUUUUGAAGCCCGCAACGAGUUGGCGGUGGCGGCGCGUAAGUUCCGCUUGACCCAUGCCCAUCUCACCCCAUCUCUGGCACGGCACAUUUUGCGCAGCGAUCCGGACUUUACAGAGAUCCUUGUAAGUGUGGGCGAACCACUGACUCCUUCUGAUGUGGCCGACUGGGCUGGCAACAACCCCAAGUGUCGAGUGAUGAAUGGUUAUGGACCGGCCGAGUGUGCGGUGUCCACCACCAUUCAGCCAUGCAUCAACACGGGUUCAAACGCUCAGAACAUCGGAUUUCCACUCGCUGGCGUCUGCUGCUUUGUGGUCCACCCUGAAAACCAUGAAAUUUUAUUGCCCAUUGGUGCAGUGGGAGAGUUACUUGUGGAAGGCCCCACUGUCGCCCGCGGAUACCUGGACGAUCCCGUACAAACAGAGGGGGCUUUUAUCUCCUCCCCACCGUCAUGGAUGCGCAAUUUACGUCCUGAUGGACCGUAUGGUCGAUUAUACAGAACAGGAGACCUCGUGUGUUAUAACAGUGAUGGGUCACUGCAGUACGCUGGCCGUCGGGACGCACAGGUGAAGUUGCGUGGGCAGCGCAUCGAACUGGGGGAGGUGGAGAAUCAUGUCCGGCAGUCUUGGCUUGAGAUUGACCAGGUCGCGGUGGAGAUGGUCACCUUCAAAGUCACAUCUUCUUCCGACACUCAAAGCCUUAUUGCUUUUGUAGUGCCAGCUGACGUGGCUUCAGAUUCUAUGAACGGGACAAACGAAUAUGCUAGUAUCCUUAUCAAUGCUCCUUCACCCUCAUUUCUGGCGGAAGUGGCAGCCGCCCGUGUUAAAUUGCAGAACAGGAUGCCCCUGUACAUGGUUCCCGAGAUCUUCUUGCCUCUCCGCUAUUUGCCCCAAAACAUAUCCGGCAAGCUGGAUCGACGCCGACUCCGUGAUCUUGCGGAGAGGUGCUCGCCAGAACAACUGGCGUUGUACCGCGCAGACUCAGUAAAAGGCUCCGCUAGAUCCCCCUCCUCCGAUUCAGAACGGACUUUACAUGAAGUUUGGGCACAUGUCUUGAACCGGCCUGCUGAUGAGUUUGGAGUUGAUGAUAAUUUCUAUCACCUCGGGGGUGACUCCAUCACUGCAAUGCAGAUCGUGGCCCAAGCACGCUUCAAGGGCCUUCGAGUAUCCCUCGACGAAAUCAUGAGGCAUAAGACCAUAUCCCAAAUAACCCUUCAUUCAGAGAAAUGCACAGCCGGGUCGGCCGGCGCUUGUGGGGAGCAGCAGGAUGAAAAUGAGGAAAUUGACACAUGGUUCGAUCUUUCUCCUAUUCAGCAGAUGUUCUUAGAUCAUCAGCCUGAGACAACCAGCGUCAACCGCUUCAACCAGACCUUUUUGCUCCGUCUCACUCAGCCAAUUGCGCUAGACACGCUGCUUGACGCCUUCGAUACUCUACAGUCGAGACAUUCUAUGCUGAGAGCCCAAUUUGCGCGGCUACCCGAUGAUGGCCGGUGGAUGCAAAAGAUUCUGCCACAUGGCCAAGGAGAGGACGGUAGACUGACACACUACCACUGCACUUCGCAUAGACUGGAAUCUAGAUCAAAUAUCAGCGCAGUUACAGCGGCAAGCAUGGAGUUUAUCAACGUGGAAAAGGGACCCCUGACCGUUGUUAAUCUGAUUGACAUUACGGAAGACAGCUCACAGCACAUCUUCUUGGCUAUUCACCAUUUGGUGGUUGAUCUUGUUUCUUGGCGCGUCAUACUAGCCGAUCUCACUGCGUUGCUCGCUGGGGAGACUCUUACAGAUAAGACCGACUCCAUCUCAUUCCAGACAUGGUGUCGCCGCCAGGCCCAGUAUGCACAGCAUUCGCUGUCCCCUCAGGCUGCCCUCCCCUUGGCACUUCCAAAGGGUUACCAUGAUGACAGCAGAAAGUUCUGGUUCAACACUCCAGACCAGUCUAAUUGCAUGAGAGAUACACAGAUACAAAGCUUCACUGUGGAUCAGAAAAUUACACACUUGUUGUUCAAAGGAGCCCAGGUCGCCUAUGAUUGUCAACCUGUAGAGAUCCUCCACGCUGGCCUCCUAUACUCUUUCCUCAAAGUAUUCUCAACUCGUGAUGCACCCACUAUAUUCAAUGAAGGCCAUGGCAGAGAGCCGUGGGAAUCAACCAUCAAUCUUGCACAGACUGUCGGUUGGUUCACAACCGCUUGGCCAGUGGUGAUGGAGACCAAUCUCGAGCUCAAUCGCCACAAAUUCCACAGCAUCUUGCGACUAGUCAAAGACGCACGACGAGCUGUGCCAACCAAGGGGUGGGCGUACUUUACGUCUCGCUACCUUAACCCGGACGGUCGGCGCGUUUUUAGACAGAGAUACCCAAUGGAGAUUAUUUUCAACUAUGCUGGCGAGUUCCAACAAUUGGAGCAUACAAAUGGGUUGUUCGCAACCGAGUCGCAUGAAGCUCAGGGUGCUUUGGACGCGGAUGGAGAUAUUCAACGGUUUGGCAUCUUUGAAGUCAGCGCAUCAGUGCAAAAUGGUGGUUUGCGGGUUCAAUUAGUUUACCCCCGCCAGAUCCAACAUGCAGAUCUGAUCAUCGAGUGGGUGAAAACAUAUCAGGCAACGCUAGAAAAUGCCGCGUCACAACUCCAGCUUGCAACCCAAAAGAAAAACCACACACGCUACACGCUGUCCGAUUUCCCUUUGCUACCAUCCUUAACGUACGUGCAGCUAGAGGAACUUGUGCUCACGACACUACCGGCUGCAGGGAUUUCAAUGGAUAAUGUGGAGGAAAUUUAUCCAUGCUCUCCCAGUCAGCAUGGAAUGCUCAUCGCCCAGGCCAAAGCCGCGAACAGCUACAAUGCUAGUGUGACAUGGAAGAUCCAAUGCUCCGUUGAUGGGAAGCGCCGGGCUGCUGAUCCACAGCGUCUGUAUGCCGCUUGCUCCCAGGUCAUCCGGCGACAUGCUGCCCUACGCACGGUAUUUGUCGACAGCCCACGAAGUGAUUCGUACAUGGAACAAGUCGUAUUGCGGCAUGUCCCAACUGAAGCGGUGGUUACCCACACAAUGCUGUCGGGAUCCAGUCCCCUGCUUCCACAUGCCCUGACAGAGGGUUGGCCAAAAGGGCAGUUGAUGCACCGAAUGAACAUGUGCCAGUGGAAGAAUAACGGGGAGGAAGAAGUCAUGAUCCGCCUAGACAUGAGCCAUGCGAUUAUGGACCGAACAACGAUGCAGAUUAUUGAGCGUGAUCUAUGUCUAGCAUACGAGGGAAAGCUAUUCCCGGGCAGAGGGCCGCUGUUCAGUGACUAUGUAAGUUACAUUGAACGACAAGAUCAAGAUGCCGACUCCUCCUACUGGCAAGAGUAUCUUCAAGACGUUGAGCCUUGUCUGUUUCCGAGCAUUGCUGGAGAGGACAAUGCUACUGGAGAGGAGUGGGGUUACGCCUCUCGCACGUUGCAUCACAGUACCCUGGGCAAAAACACCAUCGACGCUUUUUGUCGUCGUCACAAUGUUACAAUGUGGAACCUGGCAGCACUUGCCUGGGCCCUGGUCCUUCGCAGCUUCACCAAUUCCGAUCACGUCUGCUUCGGCUAUGUUAAGUCCGGCCGCGAUCUUCCUAUAGAUGGCAUUGAGGACGCAGUGGGUGCCAUCUUAAAUCCUCUCACCUGCCGAGUUCAUUUCGCAGGAAAUUUGACUGUACAGGAUAGUAUUUCCCAGCUGCAAAAGGAGUACUUGGACAGUCUUCGUCACCAGUGCUUCCCGCUCUCAAAUGCACACAGACUUGCCGGUGUUGUGGAUGGAUCGCUUUUCAACACAUCUGUUGGGGUGCAGAGUGGUCAAAUCCUGCGGGAGGGGACUAGAUCACUGGACUUUACUACGCUCGCCAUGGAGGAUGGAGCUGAAGAUGAUCUGAUUAUAUCUUUGAUUCCCGGCGACAACAACACCAUUCUUGACCUUCGAUUUAAAUCAUGCGUUCUUUCACAACAGCAGGCUUACAGUGUGGUUUCAACCUUUGAGAAGGCGAUUCAGUCCAUUCUUACAGCCCAGAAUGAUAGCCCAAUCACAACCGUCAACAUUCUUAGUGAUCAUGAUCUUGACCAGAUUUGGGCCAGAAACCAGAGUCUGCCCGCUCGUGUAGAGUCUUCCGUCCAUCAGAUCAUUCGCGAGCGCUUCGUCGAGUACCCGAACAGCGAGGCUGUAUGUGACACCGAUGGAUCGUUUACAUACAGAGAGCUGGACGAUAUCUCGUCACGUCUCGCUCAACAUCUAAUCGUCAAGUGCGGUGGCGUCGCUCUGAACGAGGUUAUUCCAAUUUGCAUGGAAAAGUCCCGUUGGACACCUGUGGCCAUGUUGGGGGUUUUAAAAGCUGGUGGCACAUUGCUACUGCUUGAUACCUCGUAUCCCCAACAGCGAAGAAUGGAGAUCUGCGCUGAGGUUCAGGCCCGUAUUGUAGUCAGUUCCUCGACACAUGCCUCCAUCAGCAAUGAGUUGGCAUCAACUGUGGUGAUUAUGGGACCGGAUCACUGUUCUUGGGACGGCGAUAUCCAGAGUGACGGCGACGCCAACAACGUCGUACUCCCCACCGUGCAACCCGAGCACUCCCUGUAUGUGGUCUUCACUUCGGGCUCCACAGGCAAGCCCAAGGGUGUUGUCAUCGAUCAUGGCUCGUACUGCACAGAUGCUCGAGAUCACAUCUCCGCUGCUAAGCUCACCAGGCACUCUCGAGUGACGCAAUUUUGCUCGUACGCAUUCGAUAUGAGCAUGGUUGAGCAACUGAGUGUUCUCAUGGCGGGUGGCUGUAUCUGCGUGAUCUCCGACGAGCAGCGUAAAAACAACUUCAGCGAGGUCGCUUCCACUCUCAACGCCAACUUUGCAAUUCUUGUGCCCUCGGUGGCCCGUCUGUUCCGUCCCGAGGAGUUGGCCACGAUCAAUAGCAUCAUGCUGGCAGGCGAGUGCAUGACGCAGACAGAUUUAUCUUCUUGGGCGCCUCACGUACGACUAAUCAAUGGUUACGGUCCUGCAGAGUGCUCUGCUUUGUCUGUCGUUCAACCAUCUAUCUCUACCACGAGCGACCCGCGCAAUAUUGGAUAUCCCGUGGGAUGCGUGCUCUGGGUAGUCGACAGGAACGACCACAACAAAUUGGUUCCCCAAGGAGCAGUUGGUGAAUUGUUGAUUGAAGGCCCAAUUGUCGGCCGUGGGUAUAUCAACCAGCCCGAGAGAACUGCAGAGGCAUUUAUCGAGCCCCCAGGCUGGCUGCAGGCUCUGCGACCACCUCAAACGAACUGUCCCCGUCUCUAUAAGACCGGCGAUUUAGUCCGUUUCACUUCCGAUGGAUCUCUCCUAGUCCUCGGUCGCAAAGAUCGCCAAGUCAAAGUACGGGGACAACGGCUUGAGCUGGCUGAAGUAGAAGUUCACGUACAUCGAUCCUUCGACGGUGCUGCUCGUGAUGUCGUGACUCAGAUCAUCGUGCCCGCCGGAAGCACCAAAGCUCAGCUCGUGGCUAUGAUCCUUUUGCAGGAACAGAAUGGCCAAGGAGACAAACCAAAAGAUCAUGAGUCUCAGAUCUUGGGAGCUCCCAGCGAUACUUUCGCAGCGCAAAUGGCCGCCGCGGAGAUCCGACUACGCCAGCAAGUCCCUGAUUUCAUGGUGCCCGCCAUCUUCCUCCCCGUGGUCGACAUGCCUCGAACGCAAUCAGGGAAAGUUGACCAAAAUCGCCUGCGGAAUCUCAUCACAUCCAUGUCCUUAGAAAUGUUACAUGCUUAUCGGGCUUCUUCCUCGUUGCCAUCGUCCUUAGGUGGGAACCUGCUCUCCACCGACGCAGAACGUGAGCUGGCAAGCAUCUGGUCAACGGUUCUGGAUAUUCCCAUUGGAACAAUCAACGCAAGUGAUAACUUUUUCUUCCGUGGAGGCCACUCCAUUGAUGCGAUGAAGGCCUCUGCACUGGGUCGGGCUGCAGGCAUGAGUUUUGGCGUUGCUGACAUCUUUGACCAUCCUGUCCUGUCAGAGCUUGCCAGGGUGGCAGUCCCCAAAGACACCACCGAGAGAAAGUUGUGGGAACCAUUCUCUCUCAGCCCAAUCGCAGAUCCUCAGGCGCUGCACAAGGAGCUAUGUGCAACGAAAAGCAUUCCUGUCUCGAGCACUUUACAAGACUUGCUCCCUGUUACACAGGCUCAACACAUGUUCAUCAAGAGAGGAACUUUCCAUUCGUAUAACUGGACAAUCAAAGGUCGCUCGCUCAACAUGGAUCGUCUUCGGGCUACAUGUCAAACCCUGGUGGAACGACACAGCAUUCUCCGGACCAGCUUUGUUGAACGUGACGGAUAUCCAGUUCAACUUGUACUGGCAGACAUUGAUGUCAAAGUGCGCGAAAUCCGAUGUUGGCCAGAGGAAGAUCCAAUGGAAGUUUGCAAAUCGCUGUGGGAUGGCAAGGACUGGCCCACUCUGAAUGUGAUGGGGGGCUCCAUGCCUGUGAGAUUUACACUUGUCUCUCGUCCAGGGGACGAACAUGUCGUCCUCACGAUUCAGAUCUCACACUCCCAGUGGGAUGGAGUCUCCGUUCCAAGGCUAUUCAGCGAUUUCGCCGCCAUCUAUAACCAAACCCCGCUACCGCCGACCUCCGACUUUGCUCAUUACCUAUACCAUCGGGUUUUUUCUGCAGCAGAUAAUGUUAACCUGGAUCCCACAUUCAGAUUCUGGCGAGAUUAUCUCGACGGCGCUAAGAUGACCGUUCCCUUUGCACCCCGCCCGCGCACUCUCUGUUUGGACCAUGCCGGCGCAGUACAGUCUUAUCAGACGCUCUGGACUUUCAAGGAAAUCCCCCCUCCGACCUUGCCUUCGGGUGUUACUAUGGCUACUUUAGUCAAAGCAGCAACAGCGUUCUUCCUUUCCGAUCAUCUGGGUGAAAAUGACAUCGUCUUUGGGCACACUGUCAACGGCCGAAAUCUGCCUAUGGACAACAUUGAAUCUCUCCUGGGGUGCACCCUCAACUUCGUCCCUCUACGGGUCACCUUCCCUGCAGACCCGGCCGAGUGGACUGUCAUGGAUCUUCUGAAUCAUGCACAAACCCAAUACACUCGGGCUCUCUCCCAUGAACAUGUCGAGCUACGCGACAUUUUCCGGCACAGUACCAACUGGCCCGCAGAGACUCCGCUGAGCCUUAUUGUGCAGCAUCAGAAUAUUGAUCUGAGUUUCAGCCUUCCUUUACAGGGAUCCGUCGUUGACUGUGAGGGAGAAGAUGGCGGUUCUCUUGAUGUGCAAUAUUCCAAGUUCGCUCGCUUCGAUCCGUUGGACGAAGUUUGGAUCUUCACCGAGCCACAUGAGGAUCGAUUGGAAGUUCAGGUGUGUGCCAACAGUCGUGUACUACGCCAGGAACAGGCUACAGAGUUGGCCAACCACAUCUCUACCCUUAUUGAGAAGUUUUCAGCCGACCCAACGGCUAGAUUACUUGAUUUGACAUUUUAG